AUGUGUGAAACAAACGAUUCCAUACCCAUUGGUGCCCGUGUUUGGCCACCUUGCGAUAGCUCCGCAGCUUCGGACAUUGAUGAAGUCUGGGACGACAGUGAGCUGUUGGCCCACUACGAACAAGUUGAACUCCAAGUUAGGGUGGGCACCUGAGUUAGAUAUUUAAUUCAAAUACGCCUACUAAAGUCUUAUAAGUAAAUGUGUUUAUUUUAUUUACGUCCGCCAGGCACAAGUGGAGGCUUUCCGUGCCGGCAGAGCCGCUGUCCCCUCGAGACGGAGACGGAAGAAUCAUACAACCCGUACCAAGCGGAAGGAGAAGCUCAAACUUGAACUCCCAGUUGCGCCUUCCGAUAACCUUCACACAGCCUCCUCUUCCUGUCCUCUGGAUGCGCAGCAAGCCGAUCCUACCGUAGGUUGAUUUCGUGCAGCCUAGUUUUUGCAGCUUCAGUUUGGUGCAGAUUAGUCUCAAUUAUUUUCUACUUCCAGACCGGGGCUUCUGUUCUGUCUCCUGUCUACCCCUGGCUUUUGCCUAACGUGGAACUACCCUCGGAGUUCCUCGCCCUUCAACAAUCUGCUUAUACGAGUCAGUGUUGCAGGCAAGCACAGCCCAGUUAUGGGAUCCUUCUUUCUCUAAACCAUAUUUCAUACAUCACAGAGAAUUAUGCAGCAAACGGGCUUUUGUUCAUUGAAAACAAACUUCAUGCAUAUCAUUUACUUGGACCCGAAUGCGCUUCUUGGUUUCGAUUUCUUUAAACUUUUGCGAAGUUCUUCACCUUACUGUCAACUUGGUCAGGACCGCACAGUGCGAAUUAACUAUGGAAAUUUCGCCAGCCAUAAUGGUCGAUGCCCAUCGUCACCAGAUUCAGUUGAUAGGUGCAGGCUCGAGUGUCUGACGGCUAUUCUGCUGUCUAUACUGCUGUUGAACAGAAAACAGUCGCUGUGAGUGGAUAGUGGCAGUAUUGACCUGCACUUCUAUCCAUUUUGGGGGACCUUGGUACCCCUUUAAACAUGGAGGCAGGCUAAGUGGACGUGACCAGUAGCAGCUAUCUGGCACGCCGGCGCGCAGUGCUUACCGUAGCCUCCUUUUUUUUGUGGAUGUUCUUACUGCACCCAACGGGACUACUCGUUUUGACAAUUAUCGAUUUUAGUUGCGUUUGUCUCCAAGGCCCGGUGCCGUGGGGUUUUGCGCCGGGAAAACCUGUCCAGUUAGUCUCCUACACGCAAUAUAGUUAGCUGUUCUAUGCUUUUAUACAGCGUUUGCAGCUGUCACCGUCUCGCUGCAACACGCGACUGCCGCCUCGGUUAGCCCUAGUUGCCUGUUCUCAUUUCAGCUGUGUCCGUCAUAACCAGACCAUGGGAGCGUCAACUGGAACGAAUCUGUGCUACGUGCCUCCGUCACCGCCGCAGGCACUACAGUUCCCUUGCAUCACUGAGACCGCCCUGGCCGCGACUGCCUCAACCACUGCCGUGACUGCAAACAGCGAGUUUGACACCGCGGCCCUCCUCCGCGCAUGGUAUGAGGCAGGCUACGCCAUGGGCCAAGCACAUGCUGAGCAGGUAUCUCCCGCCGAAUACCAAGAAACCGGUUUCCACCUUACCUUGUCCCGUGGUUUUUAUCCUAUUUUUGGUGAAAUUCAUUUUUGAAGCAAUGUUUUCCCGGAAUAAAUGUGACUAAGGCAAUGGCGACAAAGCAUGCAGUAUUUGCUGACGGCAUAAACUUCGAGACCGCUCAUUCAGCUGCGUACGGUCAUUGCGUAGUUAUAUGACAAGGCAAACUGUUGAAUCAACAUCGACCUAAAGAGAUAAACCGUGAUAGGUAACCUGAAACAUGAGUCUGGUAUGCGGGUGCAUAUGGCGAGGGGGGGAGAGGGUGAGAAGUCAUCCAGGUAUGAGAGUUAGGACCACAGUGAGAACUUGUCCGGCGUGAUUUAGAGUGCAACGCGCGGGCAGCAUUCAGUCAUGCCGGGGAGGAGGUGGGGGCCAUCCCAGUUAGACCAGCUAAAGACAUUUUGCCUAUGCACGCCACAUCAAACUGUAUUUAUGAGUUUAUAUGUAGUUGCGGAUGCAAGUACAUUGGGCGCACGCAAAGGCAGUUGGCAGCUCGGUCAGCUGAACACAUGCCGAAGUGGCUAUUUAAGGUGGAAAAUAAGGUACCCAGGAGCUCAAUCACAAAGCACCUAGUGGGCACGGGCCAUACGGUGGACCCAAUGGUUGCAUCCAAGGUUCUGUUUCGGGCGUCAACCGGGCGUUUCUUGCGCUUUCCAGAGGCCGCUGCAAUACGGAGCAGGAAACCAGAACUCUGUAAGCAUUUGGACCACGUGAUAAACCAGGCACUACCAUGGUAAGGAUCGAUUAUGGACGAAACCCUGUCCCCAUAUCCGCCCUCUCAUUUCGCCCCCUCCCCGGCACAACUGAAUGCUGCCCGCGCGUUGCACUCUAGAUCACGCCGGACAAGUUCUCACUGUAGUCCUAACUCUCAUACCUGGAUGACUUCUCAUCCUCUCUUCCCCCUCGCCAUAUGCACUCGCAUACUAGACCCUUUCUUCAGGUUGCCUAUCACGUUUUAUCUCUCUAGGUCGAUGUUGAUUAAACAGUUUGCCUUGUCAUAUAACUACGCAAUGACCGUACGCAGCUGAAUGGGAGGUCUCGAAAUUUAUGACGUCAGUAAAUACUGCAUGCUUUGUCGCCUUUGCCUUAUUCAAAUUCACUUUUCUCAAAGAAUUCAUCAAGAUCUUGCAAAAAAUUAUAAUCCUAUGGGCGGAAUCCAAAAAACUUUUAUUGUUGACAAUUGCUGACCUUUUCUUUAGAGGGGUCUUGAAUAGCAGACAUAGAAUUAGUUCCCCGAUCUUGCAACCACUAGACUUGUCCGGAGCCGAAAACGCGGCUUAGGUUAAAGGCUGCCAGUUGUAGGAAUAGAACCUUGUUGUCCGGUGACUCCAUUACGUGAAGCACGCCCGGCGUACACUAAUGCAAUCAAACCCUGCAUUCCCUGGAUUUGGUUUUUUUGACAUAAUGGAUCAGUUGGCUUUUUAUUUCUUCACUUUUGAGUGUUCCUGAAUUUCUGCGCUAUAUAAGUUGAUGCAGGUCAAAGGGAAAGUAGGAAGUGUUCUUUGUCAGUGAAAGUGUUUGUCGUGGAGAUUCCAUUACGGUAAAAGAAUCCAACAGGGAAACAGUAUUGCGCUUCUAUGGUCCGAGCUAGAUUCCGUCCUCAUUAUUAUGCUGUACGUCACGAUUAAACUCCAUCAGUUGCUAGGCGGAAGUGAUGUAACCAGUUGAAACAUGCUAUCUUCCUAUGACCGCAAUUUCUAUAUUGCCCCUAAAACGGGGCACGCGCCAGAUGCGCUGGAGCAACAUGGGCUAGAUCGGAGUCCGACAGACCUUAUUGAGAAUGCGCACCCCUAGCAUAUGCAGUGCAUGGCCGAGCUCAUGAAAUGUUGGCCGAAAUUCUGAAAUAUGUUUUCGAUUAGGAAGGAUUACUUAGGUGGGGUUGUUAAUAUUGAUUAGCAUGCAGCAUAAUCGUAUAGCAUUUCGUAUUCACCAGGAUGUCGGCAUUUGGAUGCACUCCUUUCUGACCUUCUGCAAAAACCGCGAUCUGUAAAAGAUGACUACUUAAGUAUCAUGCAUUUUUCGUAUUGAUUUUCGGUGGUCUCACAAAUUUAAAUAUAUUUUUUAGAAAACGUACACAAAAAUAAGCCUUAUUUUACUCGUUCUGUAGAAAAUCACACUGUCUUCAUAUUUUAUACCUGAAGAAAGUGUAUAUUUAGGUUUUCACAAAGUUUCUAAUUAUGCCGUGUUCAAGACCGUGCGAUGUUCUUGUAUACAACAUCGUACAUGUCCGUUUACCAAGGCUUCUCAUGAAAUAUACAACACAGUCCGGAUCCAUUGCAAAAUUUUAUGAACUCUUUGUGGUAUCUUCUUAAAAGAAUAGAGGAAUAUGCGGAAAGCAUUCACCUUGUAAACUGAAAUCGCUAAACGCCAAUGCAAUGGCAGAUGUGGCUUAAAAUUAUUCGGAGAUUGAAAAUUUUUUUAAAACCUAAAUAUACACCUUCUUCAGGUAUAAAAUAUGAAGACAGUGUGAUUUUCUACCGAACGAGUAAAAGAAGGCAUAUUUUUGUGCAAGUUUUUUAUAACACAUAUUUGGAUUUAUAAGACCAUCAAUAUGAAAAACGCAUGUCACUUAAGUAGUCGGUUUUUACCAUGUGCGGUUCCUAUAAGAGGUUGAAAAGAAGUACAUUCAAAGGCCGACACCCAGGCAAGUCCGAAAUAUUUUAAAAUGCAUGAUAAUUAGUAUAACAGCCUUACUUAAGUAAUCCUUGCUAAUCGAAGACGUAUUUCAAAAUUUCGGCCAACAUUUCAUGAGAUCAGUCACGCACUAUACUAACACUGGUGUGUGUGUGUGUUGUGCCCUCAAAACGGGCCACGUGUUAGAUGCGCUGGACCAACACGGGGGCCACAUCGGACAUUGGCAGGCGUUAUCUGUGCGCAAUAACAAAUGCCAACAUUCCCGGGGUGCGCUGGCGGACCCUGUUGUCGGCAUUCGUCGCACAACUGGACCACUGUCUCCACCCCAUUUUUUUGUGGUCAAAAUCCUGGUCUUGGUGUGUGGACCAGGGGUGCGGAGUGGAGCGCCAAGGCGAAGACCCGUCCGAGCCAUCCACCUGCGGCCUCCCCCGUCUCCGGUCUUCUUGACUCUGUCUUGACACCGGGCCCAGGCGGCGGAGGAGGAGAGAGUGUAGGUAGAUGCUACGCAAGUCUACUGGCACUAUAAACCCCUGCGUAAGUCACCGUCCCUGCUCCCACAAUGCAGUCUGUGGGGCACACGGUGGUCAUCAUCGAAAUCGACGGACGAACUGUCCUCGUGUGUGUGUGUGUGACUACACGCCUAAUUGCAAGCUCACACUGCGCCAAUUGGGAUCUAUGCCGCCCCCUUUUCUUGGUGCAUGAAAUCUUGGCCAGUGUACGUUGUAGACCGUGGGGUGUGGUGGUGCGCCAAGGUACGGGUUUUCGCCUUGCCAGCCACCUGUGUCCUCUUGCCUCCGGCCUUUUUGACUCUGUCCUGACACCGGAUCCAGAUAGAGGAGGAGGGGGGAGUGCGAUAGAUGCCGCGAAAGCCUACUAUCACUAUACACUAAUUCACGCGCAAGCCAACGUCCCUGCCCCCACCCUGCUGUCUAGCACACGGUUAACAUCGUUGAAAUCGGCGGUCGAACUGUCGCCUAGACCAAUUAUAGUAGCUUGUGAGAUAAAUUGGACAGCGGGAGCCCUGCACCUUGCUUCUGACUGGCUUCGUUCCCCUUGUAAAAUUGGAGUAUUGAAUUUGACCACUGGUUUUGCUCAUAAUGAGAUAUUUUUACACAUCCUACUUCGGCAUUUUUCAGCAUCGUUUACGUUCAAAGACGUACUCUUUUUAGGUACUCGGCGUAAGAAAAGGCAAAUCCGUCUCGACCAUUGGCACAGGGAACAGUAGCUUAGAACAGUGA